AUGGAAACAAACGUGAUCACAAAUAAGAGUUCGAUUCUCGAUAUUGAAAGUCGAUUGUCAUCUUUGUAUUCUUUACAUAUUCAUAAUGAUCAAACAUUGUUCGAAUUUGAAUCAAUAGUUAACGAAUUAAUCGCUCAUAUCAGUCAAAUUGAAUUAUUAACAUCAUCAUUAGCAGAUGAAAUUACUUUUAUUUUACCCUGUUUAUUAGGAAUAUGUUCUGUACUAUAUCAGAAAACUCAAACAAAAACAUUUAUUCUCCAACAAAAUUUACACGCACACAAAGAACAAGUUGUUCGUUUAAUUGAUACAGUUAAAAUGAUCUAUAAUAAUGUAAAACAAUUAUUAUCAUCACAACAACUAAUAACAUCGAUUAUGCGUCCACUAGAAUUUUGUUCAAAUUUAUAUCAAGUAUCAGAAACACUUCAUGAGAAUGACGUACGAACAUCAGUAUCGUGUUGGAAAUUGUUUGUACCAAUAUUAGCCCAAAUAGCAGCUAGUAAAGAUCAAAGUGACUUUCAUUAUCAACCAACAAUAAAUGUAAUAUUAACAAUUUAUAAAAGUGCUUUAAAACAUAUUAAUGAAUUUUCCCAACGUAAUUUUCAACAAGAAAUUCAAUCAUUAAAAUUAUGUCGUCUAUUUUUACAAAUGUUACAUAAAUUAGUUCAAUGUAAUUGUGUUAUCACCUCAAUUGAGUCAUACAAAGAUUUUAUCAACUGUCUUUUACAACUUCAUUCCGUAUUAGAUCAAACAUAUCUUGAUCAAAAAUUUCUAAUUGAUUAUUAUAAUCAAACAAAUGUUAUACAAGAUAUAUUGACUAAUUUCAUGUCGUAUGCAUUAGAAACAACAACAACAUUUUUUCAUGACUUAUGGGCUGUAUUAUCAACAACAAUAACUACAUAUUCAAAAUUAAUUGUUCUACUACGUUGUAUUGAAGCCUAUAAUUAUAGUGUAGACAAAAUAAAUGAAAAUCAACAAUGUUCAUCGUAUAUAACAAAAAUAUUUUUAAAAUGUCUUUAUCAAUUUGUCGAUGAAUGCUACGUACAAUUUAUGUUACCUGUAAUGACACCACAAACAUUUCAUAAACCAAAUGAAACAUACAGCACUAUUUACGAUUGUGUAUCUAUGCAUUUAUUACGUUUAUUUCAACACUAUCCUAUUCAAACAAUAGUCACAUCUAUUGGACAUUUAUAUUCAAAUUCAACAAUACGACAAAUUAAUGUAGAUCAAAGGCAAUAUCAGAAAAAUGUAUCAGUGAUAUCAACAUCCGUUUUACUCUCAUUUGAUUUAAUCGUUCAGUCAUGUUAUUCGUGUUCAAAAUCAACAUCAUGUCAUAUACUUGUUGGAUUACUACUUGUACAAAUUAUUAAAUCACCGCUAUUUGUUCUCUCCUAUAGUCGACAAAGUUUAAUUAAUUAUUUCACAGAGAAUAAAGAAUUUCUUCGAUUAAAAAUGCAAACAAUUGAUCUAUUUAAUAUUGAUAAACAUGAUUAUUCAAUCAUAUUUAAAUUAUUAAAUUUAAAACAAUCCACCAAAAGUUUAGAUAUGCUUAAAACCGUUUAUCCAUCUACAACAAAUCAAUUACAUUUAUUUGUUCAAUUAGUUAAAUGUAUUCAAUUAACUGAACAACAAAUACAUUAUAUUUCUUCAUCUAUUUUAUCUAAUAUUCAACAAUUUUUUUCUCUACCAACAAUAAACAAUGAAGCAAUUAACAAUUUAUUAUUAUUAUUGCAAAUAUUAAGAUUAUUAACAAAACAGCAACAACAAGUGUUACGAACAGAAGAUGUACGUCGCUUAUUUCAUCAUUUAUCGAUAGUAUUAACUACACUGGAUUUACCAAACAUACUGACAAUUAAUAUUCAUGUUAUGUUAUUAAAAACAAUUUCAUCUUAUUCUUUACUUAUGGAGGAUGAUGAUUUGAGUCGAAUACUAGAUUACUGUUUAACAGUCGAUUUAAUUUUAAACAAUCAUUAUAGUAUGACAUAUCAUUUUGAAUCUUUAAAUUUGAUUUCUAAACUCUGUUUUCGACAACAAUGUAGUAAAUCAUUAACAGAAUUAAUUAUUCAAUUAUUAGUCCGUUAUGGUUCACAAUUAUUAUCACAAACGUAUACAAUAUUACAUUUACAAUUAAUUCUUGUUUAUUAUCAAUAUUUAAAAUUUAGUUCAAAUGAUGAUACAAUUAUAAAAAAAGUGAAUAGUCAAUGUCAAUUAUUACGUGUACGAAUGAAUGAAACCAUAACAGUGAUGAAUGAUAAAAAAUGUGAACAAAAUCGAGAUGAAUUUUAUUUAAAUAAAUUAUUAUUACGAGCAAAUGAUGUUCAAUUAUUUGUUAUAUAUCAACAAAAAUUAGAUCGUGAGUAUGAAAUACAAUCGUCUAAAACAAUGUAUCAUUAUUACAAAUUAAUGAUUCAAACAAUUGAAAAACAAUCAAUCAAUUUGUCAGAUGAUCCAGAAAUGCAGAUACAAGAAUAA